AUGGUUUUCAGCUACGUCGACAAAAAGGAACAGCAACGGACAAAUUCACGCCAAAGUCUUGAGCGAUAUCUGUUCUAUUUUAAUAGAUACAGUACGCAUGAGCAAAGUUUGCAGUUGGAGAUGAAGCUCAAAAAGAAAGUGGCCACCAAAAUGGACCAGAUUGCAAACGCUACAAAGGCCUAUGUCGAAGGCAAGUGCCUGGAACAGGGCGUGGAAGUUCUCUCCCAGUGCCGUCAAACACUGAUGUACUCCUACGUCUUCGCCUUCUUCCUUCAAAAGGAUAACAACUCUCAAAUUUUCGAGGACAACCAAAAAGAUCUGGAGGCAGCGACUGAGAAUCUUUCAGAGCUAUUGGAGAAGGAUAUCGACGGAGACGACUUCUCGAAGUUAUUCAAACAGGUCCAAGACAAAUCUCGCUACGUGGACGCUCGUCGGAAAGUGCUUUUAGAACACUGCACCGAAGGAUACGACAAGAAUUUUUGGAAAUUCACAACUGCCGCAUUUCGAUAA